CAGCUUACUACCUUCAUAGAUAACAAGUUACUCGAUCAAUAAGUUAGAACAGACUCAGAACGAGAACGACACAACUUUAUUGGGCAGUCGACCGCCCCGUCGUCGCGGGUGGCGCAGCUUGAAACAAUGGCGGACAAGUCUGGAGUAGGGAAAGGCGAUGUGGAGGCUCCGGAGCCUGCGCCUUGCCCCUUUGACGUGAACCCUGUCGACCUGCUCACGAUGAAUGAGGGCAAGGACAUGGCCGCUCUUAAAGGCCUGGGCGGUGCGCAAGGGCUUGCAAAAAAGCUGGCGACAAGUUUGCACGAGGGGCUGGACCCAAGUACAGUAGAUGCGCACGCGGAGGCUUACGGACACAACAAGUUUAAGGAAACGCCGCCCAAGUCGUUCUUCUCGCUGGUAUGGGAGAACCUUCAAGACCCCGUCAUUAUCAUUCUGUGCGUUGCGGCGGCGGUAUCAACAGCACUGGGCGCGGCCAUCCCCGAGCAGCGAAAGCACGGAGAGUGGAUUGAGGGCGUGGCCAUUUGGGUGGCUAUCAUCCUUGUGGUGUCCGUAGGCGCUGGAAACGAUUAUCAGAAGGACAAGCAGUUCCGGAAACUGAACGCGCAAAAGGACAAAAUUAUGGUGAAGGUGGUGCGCGGGCACCAGACACUGCUGGUGGAGAACGUGGAGCUGGUGGUAGGCGACGUAUACCUCUUGGACACGGGCGACAAGGUGGUGGCGGACGGCGUCUGCUUUGACUGCCAGGGCCUGGUCAUUGACGAGGCCUCGCUGACGGGCGAGUCCGACCCCAUCAAGAAGAACACGGACGAGGACCCGUGGGUGCGCUCAGGCACGCAGGUCACGGAGGGCAGCGGCAAGCUGCUGGUCGUGGCUGUGGGCGAGAACAGCGAGUGGGGUAAGACCAUGGCGCUGGUGGGCGAGGCGGGAGACGACGAGACGCCGCUGCAGGUCAAGCUGACCUGGGUGGCCAGCACGGUCGGCAAAAUCGGUUUCGGGGUCGCCAUCUGCUGCUUCGCUGCGCUGCUCAUCAAGUGGUGCGUGGUCAACGGCGGGUUCCCGGUCAGCAAGAUCAACCAGAACGGCCCCAUCCAGUUCUUCCUGUACUCGGUGACCAUCAUUGUGGUGGCCGUGCCCGAGGGCCUGCCGCUGGCCGUGACCAUUUCGCUGGCGUACAGCAUGAAGAAGAUGAUGAAGGACAACAACUUUGUGCGCGUGCUGGCGGCCUGCGAGACCAUGGGCGGCGCUACCGCCAUCUGCUCCGACAAGACCGGCACGCUGACGGAGAACCGCAUGACGGUGGUGGAGGGCUGGUUCGCGGGCCAGCAGUUUGACCACCUGCCCGACCCCAGCGAGCUGCCGCGCGAGGUGUGCGACGAGCUGAAGCUCAACUGCGCGCUGAACAGCAAGGCCUUUGUGAUUGAGGCCGGCCCCAAGGUGGACUUUGUCGGCAACCGCACAGAGUGCGCGCUGCUCAUGAUGAUCAAGACCUGGGGCUGCACCUACACCGCCGUGCGCGAGGAGUACGAGGCGUCCGUCUACAAGAUGUUUGGCUUCUCCUCCUCCAAGAAGAUGGCCUCCUGCAGCGUCAAAUUCGCCGACAAGUUCCGCCACUACAACAAGGGCGCUGCGGAGUGGGUGCUCAAGCGCUGCACCAGCAUGUACAACGGCAGCCAGAUCGUGCAGAUGGGCGACGCGGAGCGCGAGAAGCUGGUGGAGGUGGUGACGGGCAUGGCCAAGCGCGGCCUGCGCUGCAUCUGCCUCACCUACACGGACUACCCGCUCGUUGACGACUCGCGCCCCGCCGAUUUCUUUGAGGACAGCGACAACCUGGACCGCAACCUGGUGGCCCUGGCCAUUGUGGGCAUCAAGGAUCCCGUGCGCAAGGAGGUGCCGGAGGCGGUGCGCGUGUGCCAGCGCGCGGGUAUCACUGUGCGCAUGGUGACUGGCGACAACAUCCACACCGCGCAGCACAUUGCACGCGAGUGCGGCAUCCUGACCGAGGACGCCGUCGCCAUGGAGGGCCCCGACUUCCGCAAGAUGGCGGCGCAGGAGCUGCUGCCGCUGCUGCCCAAGCUGCGCGUGCUGGCGCGCUCCUCGCCCGAGGACAAGCUGACGCUGGUGUCCAUGCUGAAGCAGCACGGCGACGUUGUUGCCGUGACGGGCGAUGGCACCAACGACGCGCCCGCGCUCAAGGAGAGCGAUGUGGGUCUGGCUAUGGGCAUUGCCGGCACGGAGGUGGCCAAGGAGGCGGCCGACAUUGUGAUUCUGGAUGAUAACUUCAGCUCCAUCGUCAAGUCGGUGCUGUGGGGCCGCUCCGUGUUCACCAACAUCCGCAAGUUCCUCAUGUUCCAGCUCACCGUCAACUUCGUGGCGCUGGUCAUUGCCUUCUUCGGCGCCGUCAUCGGCGGCCAGGAGCCCCUGAACGUGCUGCAGUUGCUGUGGGUGAACCUGAUCAUGGACACCAUGGGCGCGCUGGCGCUGGCCACGGAGGACCCCAACCCGGAGCUGCUGCUGAUGAAGCCGUACGGGCGCAACGAGAACCUCAUCACGCGCAUCAUGUGGAAGCACAUCCUGGUGCAGGGCUUCUACCAGAUCUUCUGGAUGUUCCUCAUCCUGUACGGCAUGCCCGUGUUCCUGAACGGCGCCAAGUACAACGGCCGCUACGACAUUGAGGGCCGCGAGGACUGGUGGAAGCGCGAGUGCAUGAGCGAGCUGAGCGGAUACAUCAACAGCACCCAAACCUGCAACCAGAUGCUGGAGUGCGGCUUCCCCUACUACGACACCGCCGUCGGCCGCGUGAGCAUCCAGAGCCCCGCCUGCAUGCUGUACCCGCUGUGGCAGAACAGCAGCAGCACCAUCAAGACGGUGCCGGAGGACCCGCGCACGGCCAUGUGCGACUACGACCGCCCCAACCCUGGCGCGACCGGCAACCCCGGCUGCGUGUGGCACAGCCAGUACCAGGACGCCGACACCAAGAUGAAGCGCGACUACGAGACGCACAUGCAUGACGAGUACAUCCACGUGCUGUCCUGCCUCUUCAACGCCUUCAUCUUCUGCCAGAUCUUCAACGAGAUCAACGCGCGUCGCAUCAACGACGAGUACACCAUCUUUGUGGGCCUGUUCACCAACCCCAUCUUCUGCUCCGUCAUCGCGAUCACGGUUGUGUUCCAGGUCAUCAUCAUCAACGUGCCCUUCAUCAACAACAAGUUCUUCAAGGUCAACCGCCUCAACUGGCAGGAGUGGCUUGCAACCGUCGCCAUCGGCUUCGGCACUAUCCCGCUGUCGCUGCUCACGCGCUGGCUGUCCAAGGUGCUCCCCGAGAACUGCCUGCGCGGCACCCGCGUACAUGCUUCCACCGGCCGUACGCUGUCGGGCAAGCCCGGCGACCGCACCGCCUCGAGCGGCAGCCGCACCGUCAGCGGCGGCGCCCGCACCGUCAGUGGCGGCCCCAAUGCACGUGCAGGCUCCAAACUGUCGCCGCGCGUGGCAGCCGCCAACGGCACGGUAUGAGCUGCGUGAGCGGAGCGCCGUGAGGCGCCCCCAGGGCAGGAGCAGGCGAUGCGGGCGGGCCGCACCGGCACCGCAAUCGCACGCAGGUGACCUACACAUAUUUAUUAGGACCGGAGAUUAGGAAUACGGAACUGCGUGGGGAGGUGAGGCAGCACCGCCCACAAUUCAUGCGUGAGCAGGCUCUCGGCAAGGCAAGCACACACGUCGGCAGUUACAGCUGGCUGUACAGGUCGCUGCAGUGGGGUGGGGCAGAGGUGUGGUGGUGUUCCGUGGCUCUGGUGUUGGCGCCGGUGUGGGUAUGGUGGGCGGUUUGGCUGAAUGGCCCUGCGCCCGCUAGCUGCGUUGUUUGUCGCUUGCCACCCAACGCCCGGCGCCGCAUCUGUUUGAUCCCGGUCGGCCUCCUAGGAGGUGAUGUACUGGAGAAAACUGCAAAUUCGACAGCAUUGAACUCAAUUUGUGCGCGUUUUUCAUGCUUCGAUGAUGAUUGGGGCGGCUGAUGGUAGGCAAGGCAGAGUUCCCCUGCCUGUCGGAGUGGAGUCGUGGUCCCGUCCAUGCCCGUAUUCGUAGCGUAAAGCGACGGAAGCGGCGGAGGUCAUUGACUCAGUUGCGUUUCCUUUCAGACAGAUAAAGGGUGUGCAGACCUGGCGCCCUGUGGGAAUCGCGGGGGUUACGUUCGUGUUCUGGUAGCAUUCAGGGUGAAGGACCUGAGUAUGUGUGUGUACGUGACGUGAACGGGCGCAGGCAACUGUGGCGUGUGAGAUGGACAGCGGGUGGUUGACAGUUUGUGCCACGAAUAACUUGAUGGUUGACGUGUCACGAGGCGCACGAGUGCUACGCUCAUGAUAAAGCCCGGGCACAGAAGAGGCACACCUCGGCGGUGCAUAUUCGGGUUUCAUUGACUGGUGCGCUGUUAAAGGACCUCAGGCUGAGCGGGCGAUGCGGCUGCGCUCUUGGUGCGCCUGUACACGACCAUGUUGGAUGACGGGCUAUAGGGACGACAAGGAGGCAAACGUAUUCACAACUGUAUACUGGUACUGUUGAACUGGCGCGCUGGAUGCGGGAGGGCCCAGCAUUAAGGAGGAGACUGCGAAGGGGACUGCGAAGGUAGGGGAGCAUCACAGGCGCUGCGACACAGCCUAUACGGCAAGCAACUUGACAAAUGCUCGGUGUAGAGAGUGCAUCCAUUAUAUGCAUUUUGAGUGUGUGAGCUCACGCAGGCCCUGGGACUGCAGCUGCAAAUGUUGUAAUUCCAACUGUCC